AUGGGCACCGACAUCCAGAAGAUCCACGUCGCCAACCCCGUCGUCGAGCUUGACGGCGACGAGAUGACGCGCAUCAUUUGGAAGGACAUUCGCGAGAAGCUCAUCCUGCCGUUCGUUGACCUUCAGAUCGAGUACUUCGACCUGGGGAUCGAGCACCGCGACGCCACCAACGACGAGGUGACGCUUGAAGCCGCGCGAGCCAUUAAGAGGCACAACGUCGGCAUCAAGUGCGCCACCAUCACGCCCGACGAGGCGCGCGUCGAGGAGUUCGGGCUUAAGAAGAUGUGGCUCAGCCCUAACGGCACACUGCGCAACGAACUGGGCGGCACGGUCUUCCGCGAGCCCAUUGUGUGCAAGAACAUUCCCAAGCUCGUGCCUGGCUGGAAAGAGCCCAUCAUUAUCGGCCGCCACGCUUUCGGUGACCAGUACAAGGCCAUCGACUUCGUGGCAAAUGAGCCUGGCACGUUCAAGCUCACGUUCACGCCUGCUCGAAGUGGCGCCGAGCCCCAGGAGUACCACGUGUACGACUUUAAAGGCUCCGACGGCGGCGUUGGCAUGGGCAUGUACAACACGGCCGAGUCCAUCACGGGCUUUGCCAAGUCUUGCUUCGAGUACGCCCUGGAGCGCAAAAUGCCGUUGUACAUGAGCACCAAGAACACGAUCCUCAAGCGCUAUGAUGGCCGCUUUAAAGACAUUUUCCAAAACAUGUAUGAGAAGUCGUUCGAGACGCAGUUCAAGGCUGCUGGGAUCUGGUAUGAGCACCGCCUAAUUGACGAUAUGGUGGCGCAGUGCCUCAAGUCUAAGGGAGGAUUCGUUUGGGCUUGCAAGAACUACGAUGGUGACGUGCAGUCCGACAUCUUGGCGCAGGGAUUUGGCUCCCUGGGUCUCAUGACUAGCGUGCUGCUCACGCCCGACGGCAAAACCUUGGAGGCUGAGGCGGCGCACGGCACAGUCACGCGUCACUACCGCGUUCACCAGAAAGGUGGCGAGACGAGCACUAACUCGAUCGCCAGCAUCUUCGCGUGGACGCGGGGGCUGCUUCAUCGCGCCAAACUGGACAACAACAAGCAGCUCAAGCUCUUUUGCGAGGAACUAGAGGCCUGCAUCAUCGAGAGCGUGGAAGCGGGCCAGAUGACGAAGGACCUGGCGUUGCUCAUCCACGGCUCCGACAUGAAGCGCGAGCACUUCCUCGACACGUUCCAAUUUAUCGACACGAUCGCUGACAACCUGCGUGGACGUCUUGCCGCCAGCCCCAGCUUUCAAAUGUAA